AUGUACCUCAAGGGGAAGAGUUUGAAAUGGCAUCUUCAUGGGGUUGGAGUGACCGUCACGGAUGGAUCACCAGAGUUGUCUGUUCUGAAACUGAUUGCCCCACUGUUUAGCGAGUUCCCGCCAGGGGCGCGACAGAGUGCGUUUCCGCCCCUGAGGCACUUUGACACGGAACUUGCGGUGUACACAUAA